AUGCAUCGACCAAAUUUCCUUAUGUCUCUAUCAAGUAUGGAUGCACAGGAUCCAAAGGAACAGCAGUUUGGGCCACCAAUUUUGGUGACUACUCCCUGCGAUGAAUCUGCACCAUUUGAGACUCUCGCUGAAGGUCUUGCUCCUAUGGCCACCUCCCCUCCAAGGACACCGAUUCCUAAGUCUGGUGCUGAGUAUGAUGGUGACCAAUGGAAACGCCACUCUCUUUGUAGCGAAGGAGAUGAGGAGAUGACAAGACCGAGCUCUGCUGCGUCUAUGUAUUCUUCUUCAUCUGCUUGCUCCUUUGGCAGCAUGACAUCAUUCAAUUCGUUCCCAGCGUCCUCCCAAAGCCCACGACAUGAGAAGAGGAAUUCUUUCGACGCCGCUUCGACCUUUGGUCAGGAUGAUGAUGCCGACACUACCAUCGGUGUUGGUGAUAGCCAAAAGACCCCCAGAGCUGCUAGGAGGCAACAUAAGCAGGAUAGCACUAAGGAUGCGGACUGGAGUAAGACUUUCGACUUGCAUCUCUGGGGUGCCUAUGUUGCAUAUCAGAGCAAUCCCACUAUGACGCCAUUCUAUGUUCCACCUGGUGGCUGCCCACCGAUCGGUGUUUGCAUCAGAGUAGCUCGGGAAGCAAAGAGGACAUGGAGAGUCCCAAAAACCAUCCAAGAGACCGACUUGACCAGCCCAACAGAGCGAUUGUCGCGAACAAAUUCGGAAAGUCUUCUUCCAAUCGACGCUACUUUGGGUGAAGGCUCCCUUCGAAGGCGACGCGGCUCUCGAGUUCAGAUCCCUACUAGAAGAAAAGAAGUAGUACCACGAGCAUGGCCAUAUUCCGAAGCUGCCACCCGACAAAGGCUCAGAAUACUUUCACGCCGAAUCACAGAAAACCCUCACCUUCAAACUCGACACGGUCGCCUGGCCUCUCCCAUCCGUAUCAAGGAAUUUGCUCCUCCCUGCGCAAACAUUGCUGAGGAAACCCAGUUCUCCACUCGAAGUUUGUCUUUCUCUCUUAUGGCAAGCACUUCUGAGGCAAUGCAAUCUGAUGGUCCAUUGGCAUCCCUUUCUCGUCCAUUGGAAUCAGAGGAGGCUACGAGGGCGCCCCAAGGUGAUGUUCCACUAGCCCACGAUGUCUUCAAGCCGACUUUGGAGCCUUCUUAUGAAGCUGAAGACGAGAUUGAGCUUCCUAUUCCCGAAGUUAUCCCUGGUCACAGGAGAACUCUCAGCUCUACUUCUGCUCAUAGAAGAAGUGGAAGCAAAGCCAGUAUCCUUCACCGCAAGACUGAAGGCAAUGGCAUCGGUCACAGAAGGACUACCAGUGCUGUGGCUGCUACCAAACCUGGCGAGCAAGCCGUGGAAAACUUCGCUACUCCCAGAAGAAGAACUAGAGUCAGGAGUUCUUCUGAUGCUACCAUCCGAUCAACUAUUCCACGCAUGCUCUGUCUUGGCUCUCCAUUUGGUGCCGUCGAGGAAGAAGGUGACGACGCUAGACUCGCUCGACGCUCCCACAAACGCCACCAAUCCUUGGAAACACCCAUUGGACGUCGGGGACCUCCGACUCUGAUGCCAGCAUUCGACUUCACUAAGCAAGAAGCGUACCAGAAUGCCCUUAGACAACAAGAACAAGACAGAUUAGCUCAACGCCCAGCCACCUCAGUUGAAGGCAAGAAGAAGGACCACUUCUUCGAAGACCUCUUCGGUGCCAAUGCUAGCCGCACAAAUCUUAGUGAGCGCAGCAGCACACCCUCAAUUGCUGGCAGCGACGGUGCCUCAAUCAGCGUUCCGUCCAAGAAGGCCCGUGCUCGUGGCAUGAGCUUCACCGACAAGAUACGGGGAAGCUCUUCGACAGAAUUCAUCGCACCUGCAGCCCUCCGCCGAAUCAGCGCCCCACCAGAUCAAAUCAGACCAUCCGUUCUCAAAAGACUAGGAUCCCCCUUCAGAGAUUCCGAGUUUGCUCCUUUAGACGGCACUCUCAACCAAUCGCAACUUACCUUACCUGAUGCCCCUGCUGCAGAUAUGCCCGCCGCAGCCGGUCUUGGUUCCGCAUUCACUUCCCCACCAAGAUCGAAGAAGAGGGACAGCAACCCCCCUCCAAGAGAACGUGGAAUCCUUGGAUUCGGGUUGGGAUUUUUCCGGAGAGGGAAGAAAGAAACUUCCCAACAGCACUAA